AUAUCAUUCAUUCACUUAACAGCUGUCAGCUCUCAGUUUACAUCCAUUCGUGAUGCGCUCUCGACGCGCUCGCUAGCCGUCUUUACAAACAAACCACAAAAAAACAUUCGAAUUUCGAAUAAGUAUUUUCAAACUUUAAAGCAAUAUAAGUCUCCCGCGCAUUUAUUAUAUUAACAAAAUUAAAAUUGUAUCAACAAAAUAAGCCAUGUUAAUAACGAUUCUCGCAAUUUUUGGAGCGGUGGUGUUGUUUUUCUCUUUACUAAACUUUAUGUGGACACCAUUGGAAUUAAUAUCGUCCUAUUUGAUGCCCUUUUUCCUGCCAUCGGAAGUGGAGUCGUUGUCAAAGCGAUUUGGACCUUGGGCGGCGGUGACGGGCUGCACGGACGGCAUCGGCAAGCAUUACUCACUCGAGCUAGCUAAACGAGGGCUCAACAUCGUUCUCAUCAGUCGGAACCCGGAGAAACUACACGCCGUGGCCAAGGAAAUAGAGCAGACGCAUCAUGUGAAAACCAAGAUCAUCGUCGCUGACUUCACGCAGGGCGCAGAGAUAUACCCUCACAUAGAGAAACAGCUCAAAGACCUAGACCUGGGGAUCUUGGUAAACAACGUAGGCCUAAACUACGAAUGUCCCGUCGAGCUGUGCUGCGCUCCUCCGUCGCGAUCCUGGGACCUUAUCGUCGUCAAUGUAGGCGCAGCCACCAUGCUCACCCGCGCCAUGUUACCUUACAUGGCGACCCGGGGGCGAGGAGCGGUCGUUAAUAUAUCAUCGUCGUCAGAGCUGCAGCCUAUGCCGCUUAUGGCUGUGUAUGGAGCCACUAAGGCGUACCUCCGUAGCUUCACGCACGCCAUCCGCGAAGAAUACGCCCCGAAAGGCAUCUACGUGCAGCACGUCGCGCCAUUCUUCGUGUCCACCAAGAUGAAUGCGUUCUCCGCCACCGUGAUGGCCGGCGGGCCGUUAGUACCUACCCCUGAAGCAUACGCGAGAUAUGCUGUAGCUAUGCUGGGAAGAGUACAGGAUACUACGGGGUAUUGGGUUCAUGGAGUUCAGGCUUUCUUUACCCAGCUGGCUCCAGUCUGGUUCCGCACGAAGGUCGCCUGGCACCUCAACCAGGGAUUUCGACAAGAAUAUUUACGAAGCCAGAAGGUGCAAUAGUCUAGAACACAAAUGUCUUCGUGCGAAAUUCGACCUUCUUUCAAUUAAAUACGGUUUACAGUUCAAUAUCAUCGGUAUAUUGCCCUUCCUCAUCUGUAGCAUAUGAUUUAUGAUUCCUCAAAUUUUCGGAUAUUUAGCAUUGCAACUUCGUUUCUAAUUUAAUUAAGUUACCGCUAAAUUCUGUUUUAAAGUUGUGAACUAAUAGGUAUAGAAGAAAUUCAUAGUUUUGUACAAAUAUAGUAUAACUAAUAAUAUAAGACGGCCAUAUGUGAUGUUAAUUUUAAAUAUAUAUUUUUUAAGCA